AUGGUCUUAUUCCAGCCACUAGGAUCAAGCCUUAGGAUGCUCUAUGCAUCAGGUGACAUGGCCAUCCCUAUGGACUGUGUUGUGGUUUGUAUCCCUGGAACCCAGAAUCCAUAUGGCGUGUUUGCUUGGACGAGGGGCUUGUCAAGUUAUCUUGCCGAACCGUGGCAUGGCACUUUGAUCCAUUCUGGAGUUAGAAAAGUUCUAAACAAAUUCCGACACAGCAGGACGGCUCAAUCAGAAAAAUUUCCCUGUGACAGAAACAUUGCUAAUAUCACAUCAGGAAGCCUCAAGUAUAGUUUUCUUGACAAGUCUGUUGGAUUAUCAUCUUUGUUUGAGAUAAGCAGAGACUCUGUAGUGGAUGAUACUUUACAGAUCGUUGAGGCGUGCCACCCAUUGCAUGUUCCUGGUUUUGAAAGUUUGAUCAUUCCUAUUAAAACACGAGGUUAUGUGUUGAAAGUGAUUAAUGGGAAUACUGCACUUGUACGGUGGGAGGAGCUGUAUUUGGAUAGCACUGAGGAAGUCCUUGUCACUCUUGACUUGCUUAGUCGGUUGGUGACCUUUAAUGCGGCUGUAUGUUCUGCUUUUAUGGAAAUUGGAAAUUCUUUACAUGAAGAAGCGACUCCAAUGAAUGGGCAAGUAGAGAAGUAUGCAUGGAUUAAUUUUGUUCAGAUCAUUUGCACUUUGGUCAAAAAUCACAAUCCUAAUUGUGAUGGUGUGGUGAUGAUGUCCCUGGGUGUAAAUAUUUUGGCGAAGAUGUUAAAAUGCUCACCAUCUAUAGUCACUAUAAUGGUUCUGAAGGCAAAUAUUUUUGAUGUUGCUUCAAGGACGAAUCCCUUUGAUGUUGGCUCUAAUGGUUUAUCAAGGUGA